AUGCAGUCUUCCAAGAUUCAAGGUCGUCCCGCUGAAGAGGCCAUCUCCAAAUCCCACGACCCCUUAGCCCACCUUCUCGCUGGCGCGAGCGGUGGGUUCGCAACUGCAAUCGCAACCUCCCCUCUCGAUGUCCUCCGUACACGCCUCCAAUCCGACUUCUACCAACGACCCCCUGCACCCUCCGCCUCUUCCGCCUCUUCCCCGACCCUCCCAAUCUCCAAUGCCCAACACACAUCCCACAACACAUCCCGCAUAAUCAGUAACAUCUACCGAGCCGAAGGCUGGCGAGCCUUCUUCCGCGGCCUGGGACCCAGUCUCGCUGGCGUGGUCCCGGCCACCGCAAUUAAAUUCUACGUCUACGGAAACUGCAAGCGCAUCGGCGCCCACAUGUUUGGCUGCGGCGAAGAUUCAACACUCAUCCACGCGCAGGCCGCUAUCUCCGCCGGCAUUGCCACCUCCACCGCAACAAAUCCCAUCUGGCUCGUGAAGACUCGUUUGCAACUCGACAAGGCUCAAACAAGUACCGGAAACCGCCGGUACAAGAACAGUCUCGACUGCAUCCGCCAGGUCCUUCGUCAAGAAGGUCUUGGCGGUCUGUACAAGGGUCUCAGCGCGAGUUACCUCGGUGCGGCUGAGACGGCCUUGCACUUGGUCCUGUAUGAGCGGUUGAAGGGUAUCUUGCAACGAUCGCUCGUCUCGCCUGAUGGAACGGAUACGCCGACGCAACGGGAAAUCACUAGCUGGAUUAGUACAACCGGUGCGGCUGGUUCUGCCAAAUUUGCUGCUGCUUUGAUUGCUUAUCCCCACGAGGUCAUUCGUACCCGUCUUCGCCAGGCUCCUCUCGAAAACGGCCGCCCCAAAUACACCGGCCUGGUGCAGUGCUUCCGACUCAUUGCUAAAGAAGAGGGCAUGGCUGGUCUCUACGGUGGACUGACGCCACACAUGAUCCGCUCCGUCCCUUCGGCCAUCAUCACUCUGGGCGUUUACGAAUUCGUCCUGAGACUUGUCGGCAAGUCCGAAUGA